AUGGCCCUCAAGAGCGUAACAUCCCUCUCCAGAGGAGCGAGGCCUGCGUUACUAUUAGUGACCCUGGCCCUGUUGUGGCUUUCUCUCCGCAACUUCGAUCCGGAGAGCUUUAGAGCACUCCUUGUUCCACAUCCCAAGCUCUACAGUACGCAGUGCGAAAACGUACAGGCUCCCAACCAGAACCACUUCGGCCCAGUGGAUACAGCUCCCGCUCGAAGGGCAAACGCGACCUUCGUCAUCCUUGCUCGCAACAGCGACCUGGCUGGUACAGUGAACAGCAUCAAAGAGAUCGAGGACCGCUUCAACCGUCGCUACCAAUACCCAUACGUUUUCCUCAACGACGAACCAUUCGAUGAGAAAUUCAAAAGUCGUAUUUCCAUCCUGACUGACGCGAAGGUCGAGUUCGGUGUCAUACCGCGUGAUCACUGGAACCAGCCGGAAUGGAUUGACGAAGGUGUCGCGAAGUCGUGGAGGGAGUGGAUGGUAGCUGGGGACAUAAUCUAUGGAGGCAGUGUCUCGUAUCGGAAUAUGUGUCGGUUCAAUUCCGGAUUCUUCUUCCGCCAUCCUCUCAUGGAGAAAUACCGAUGGUACUGGCGUAUCGAGCCGGAUGUCCAUUUCCACUGCGACAUCAACUUUGACCCAUUCGUCUUUAUGGAGGAGCACAAGAAAGUUUACGGCUUCACGAUCACGAUGUUCGAGUACGAGGCGACGAUCAUGUCGUUGUGGGACAACGUCCGAGAAUUUGCGAAUAUGUAUCCGGAGUACAUCGCCCCGGACAACUCACUCGAGUUCAUCUCUGACGACGGCGGCGAAACGUACAAUCUUUGCCACUUCUGGAGCAACUUUGAGAUAGCAGACUUGGAUUUCUGGAGGGCACCAGCUUACCAAGCCUUUUUCGAGUUCCUCGACUACAAGGGUGGUUUCUACUACGAGAGAUGGGGAGACGCACCAGUCCACAGCAUAGCAGCAGCACUAUUCGCAAAUCGUUCCCAACUCCAUUUCUUCGACGAAAUCGGUUACGAGCACCCUCCUUAUACGCAUUGUCCAAAGAGGGGAAACAACUGGGCUAAAGGUCGAUGCACUUGCGAUCCCGAGGAGAACUUCGACGAUUUUCCAGGAUCUUGCCUCAGCCGCUGGGAACGCUUCAUCAACGGGACGCUUUCGUAA